CUAUCCAAUUGUGUGAGUUACACUCGGACAACCAGCGGGCAUCUUUUCAGUUAAAACCUAAAACGACAGCGUGGUGUAAACCCCUUGCCAGAUCGCAAAGCCAAAAGCCUAGCCCAACAACUACUGUUGGCUGGGCUCUCUCCCAGUUUGAUCCUAGGCGAGUUUAGCCGGAGGACAACAGACAAGCAGAAGUGAUGGGAGUGAGCUUGGAAGGACAGAAGGUGAUAAUGGUACCAUACAUGGAAGCACAUGUCCCAGAGUACCAUGUUUGGAUGCAGGACCCUGCUCUCCUUCAAGCCACCGGAUCAGAGCCCCUAUCCCUCCAACAGGAAUACGAUAUGCAGCUCUCUUGGAACCAAGACCCUCUCAAGAAAACUUUCAUUGUUUUGGAUAAGGAGAUGGUUGAGGGAAAGUUUGUUCAUGGGGAUCCCCAUGUAGAAGCCAUGGUUGGGGAUGUUAAUAUCUACAUGAAUGAUUUGGAUGACCCACAAUUGGCAGAGAUCGAAAUUAUGAUAGCUGAACCAAAAAGCCGUGGUAAGGGCCUUGGGAAAGAAUCUGUCUUGAUGAUGAUGGCCUAUGCAGUUCAGAACUUUGGAAUCCAUGUCUUCCGUGUUAAAAUUGGAGAAUCAAAUGGAUCUUCUCUUAGUUUGUUUCAGAAAUUGGGCUUUGAGGAGGUUUCUCAUAGCGAAAUCUUCAAGGAGGUAACAUUGGAGUUGCCGGUGACAGAGGAAAAGCAAGAGGAGCUUUCACGGUUGUUUGGUAAUGUGGUUACACAUACGUAGCCCAUAGUAAGCUGUAAUUUAUUUUCCCCUUGAGUUAUUAGUGAAAGGAAACACUUGCAUUAGAAUCCUUUGCAAUCAUGCUUAGAAGCUGAAUUUGGUUAGAGUUGGAUGGUACACUAAAAACACUUAAAAUUCCUUUUUAGUUGGGUACUUCCAAGGAGGUUAGACAGGUGUUGGUUAGAGUACUGAGAAGGCCACUCUUAAGUUUGAUGUAAGAGCUGAUUUGUUAUAUCCUUCAUGAUUUUGAUAGAGGAUCUAGGCCAUUUUUUGGGAUAUUUAAGGUGAUAUUUUGACUGCCAAAAUAUUGGCAAAACAAGCAUCAAUUAGUAAUAGCGAGUUGUAGAAACUAGAAUUGCAUGUGAAUGGCAAUUGCUUGAAUCUGAUAGUUGGAACAUUAAUGUGAAUGCUGAGUUUUCAGGAAGAACCACGUAAAGGUUUUUGAUAUUGGUGAUGGUGAAGAUGAUCAAUAAUGUCAAAAACUUGCAAUUGCCAUAAUGACAAACAACGAUGAAUGGCAUAAACAUUAACAGAUUAAUGACAUAGUCGACGACUGAUUUAAAACAUUAUAGUUGGGAUUAAACAUUAUUGACGACUGAUUUAAAACAUUAUAGUUGGGAUUAAACAUUCUGGUUUCUUCCAAAAUUUUCCUUAAGGUGACAGAAAAUCGAGCAGUCCCAAUGACAGAACAUUCUGACCUGAUAGAGGAUGAACCUAGGGAAUGUUGUUUGAAACUGAACUUCCAGCUUGCCGGACAUGAUUAAAAGUAGUUUGGUCACCUAAUGGACCUAGGACAGCAAAGAUAAUCAUCUCAUUGUUAUCAAAUUCUUCUGAGAUAUCGGGAACUGGUAAUCUGAGCGCCCCAGGCUGCAUUGAAGGGUUAUAACUUGUUAUCAACGUUGUAUAAGCAAUCAUACUGCCACUAGAAUCGCGAAAAGCAACACUUGCUUGAGAUCCAAUCAUGCCUCUUCCCAUUGGAUUUAUUGCCCACGCAAUCCAUCCCCUGGGAAUCUGGGUGGCUUUGUAAGCAAUCCGAACCUUUAUAGCGAGUGAACUGUAGUUCCAGUGUAUCGAUGCUUGAAGAACUGGGAGGUCAGUACAUGAAUUGAAGACUUGUUACCUGGAAUGUGUAUUUUGAGUAAGUUUGAGCUAAGGAAGUGAAGACUGAAGACCAGAGUUGUAAGAGUGCUACUCAGAAAGAUUAUCGUUGUGGUUAAACCCAUGAGAUGUAUUGAACAUAAGGGGAGCGCAUUACU